AUGCCGCCUUCCAAGACCACCCCCGCUUCGCGCUAUGGGGAGCACAUGCUCGGCAUGACUCCCAGUGAGAUCCGCAUCCUGCUGUUUGCUCACCUCUGCUUUGACAAGGACUCUGGCAAGGUGGACUUCGAGAAGCUUGCAGCCCGGGCCGAUAUCACCAUCGCCUCGGCCAAAACCAUGUACCGGGGUUCCCUCCAGAAGCUCGCGAGAAAGAAUCCCGAGCCCGCCCCCGGCAACGGCGACGGUGACGAUGCUGGCCCUUCCUCUGGCGCAAGCCCCGCGGCUGCCGCGCCUGCUCGCCGCCGCCGUGGUCGUCCUCGCAAGUCUCAGGCUUCCGAUGCAGAGACCGCGCAGCCCCAGGCCACCGUAGCCAUGGACGCUGGAGCGCAGACCGCCACAACACAGGCCAGCGUGCCGCAGACCACUGCUGCCCCUACCACCGGAGCCCACGCCAUGGUGAACCCAGCCACGGUGUUUGGGUGUCUGCCGGGUAUGCAGUUUGAGGACGAGGGUUUCGAGUUGGCCGAGGAUGAGAUGUGA